AUGGACUGGAUCUACAGCAUAUCACAGUUAGUCAAAUCUGAAUUCCAGAAAAUGCCUGAAGACCAAGAACAGAUAGAGGGAGAGGCACUGUAUAAGAUCGUGCGAAGCUUUUUCGACGAGCCCCUCACAGUCGAAAAGGAUCAAAAAACCGUCGAGAUCCAGACUUCUCCCAUUCUUGUUGAUAAGCUCACAACCAUCCAACUGCGCCAAUGUCUGUCUCUUGUGGACAAGAACUUGGGUGAGACAAUGACUCUUGUCUAUGGAAAAGACUGGAAGUCAGACAAGGUGGAAGAGAUGCGUGACCCUGGUUUGGUGUAUUUGUUGCUUCAUCACGAUACAGAGUUCGUAGGAUUCAUUUCCAUCAAGGCGGUCGAGGACAAUGAGUCUCAUGUCCUGUACAUCUAUGAGCUACAGAUUGUAAGGAACUAUCGACGCAUGGGACUCGGAUCAAAGCUUCUGGGCAUUUUGGACCAGAUCGUUGAACUAGUCAAUUCGGAUCCUGCGUACACCAGCAAGUUUGGCAAGCUAGAAGGGCUUUCACUCACGGUCUUUAGCAGCAACGAAGGUGCCAAAAAGCUUUAUUUUUCAAAAGGUUACCGAAUCGCAUCGCAUUCACCUGCAGUCAGAUAUUUGCGAAACCGAAAAAUUCAGCCCGAUUAUUUUAUCUUGGUGAAAAACAAAAUUUAG